UAUAAUCAUGUAUUAUAUUAUCCUGACAGGUCUACAAAUGCUACCCAUGAAGUCAUCAAUGUCACCCUCCACACUACGCUGGCUGCUACUACCAAAUUGGUAGUACCUACACCUGCUAAACCUAUCCUACCAGUUCAGACUGGAGUCCAAGCACAGCAAGAGGAGCAAUCUAGUGGCAUGACGAUUUUUUUUAGUCUUCUUGUUGUAGCUAUCUGCAUCAUAUUGGUGCAUUUACUGAUAAAAUACCGACUUCAUUUCUUACCAGAGAGUGUGGCUGUUGUUUCUUUAGGUAUCCUUAUGGGAGCUUUUAUAAAAAUCAUAGAGGCUCAAAAGCUGGCCAACUGGAAGGAAGAAGAAAUGUUUCGUCCAAAUAUGUUUUUUCUGCUUUUGCUUCCACCUAUUAUAUUUGAAUCUGGAUAUUCAUUGCACAAGGGUAAUUUUUUUCAGAACAUCGGUUCCAUCACUCUGUUUUCUGUAUUUGGCACUGCAAUAUCAGCUUUCAUUGUAGGUGGAGGAAUUUAUUUCCUGGGCCAGGCUGAUGUAAUUUAUAAACUCAACAUGACAGACAGUUUUGCAUUUGGCUCUUUAAUAUCUGCAGUUGACCCUGUGGCUACUAUUGCCAUUUUCAAUGCCCUCAAUGUGGAUCCUGUACUCAACAUGUUGGUUUUUGGAGAAAGCAUUCUCAAUGAUGCAGUCUCUAUUGUCUUGACCAACACAGCAGAAGGUUUGACAAGAGAAAAUAUGUCAGAUGUAAGUGGAUGGCAAACCUUUCUACAGGCACUGGGAUACUUCCUUAAGAUGUUCUUUGGCUCUGCAGCGCUUGGCACACUUACUGGUCUUAUUUCUGCAUUAGUGCUAAAGCACAUUGAUUUAAGGAAGACACCCUCCCUAGAGUUUGGGAUGAUGAUUAUCUUCGCUUACCUUCCUUACGGACUUGCAGAAGGUAUCUCACUCUCAGGUAUCAUGGCAAUCCUAUUCUCUGGCAUCGUGAUGUCUCACUAUACACACCAUAACUUGUCCCCGGUUACACAGAUUUUAAUGCAGCAGACACUGAGAACUGUUGCUUUCAUGUGUGAAACAUGUGUUUUUGCAUUUCUUGGCCUGUCAAUUUUUAGUUUUCCUCACAAGUUUGAAAUGUCCUUUGUCAUCUGGUGCAUAGUACUUGUUCUGUUUGGUAGAGCAGUGAAUAUUUUCCCACUUUCCUACCUACUCAACUUUUUCCGUGAUCAUAAAAUCACCCCCAAAAUGAUGUUUAUCAUGUGGUUUAGCGGUUUACGUGGUGCAAUUCCCUAUGCCCUCAGCCUCCACUUGGGCUUGGAACCAAUAGAGAAGCGGCAGCUCAUUGGGACAACAACAAUCAUCAUAGUACUGUUCACGAUUUUGUUGCUGGGAGGAGGAACCAUGCCCCUCAUAAGACUGAUUGACAUUGAGGACUCCAAAGCACGCAAGAGGAACAAGAAGGACAUUAAUCUUAGCAAGACAGAGAAGAUGGGAAAUACCAUAGAAUCCGAGCAUUUAUCAGAGCUCACAGAGGAGGAGUAUGAAGCCCAGUACAUAAAACGCCAGGACCUCAAAGGGUUUAUGUGGUUUGAUGCCAAGUAUUUGAAUCCUUUCUUUACCAGAAGACUCACACAAGAAGACUUGCAUCAUGGGCGCAUACAGAUGAAAACCCUCACAAACAAAUGGUAUGAAGAGGUACGACAAGGACCCUCGGGAUCUGAAGAUGAUGAGCAAGAGCUGCUAUAGCAGACGGGGCAGGAGUGCAAUGAAUUUAUCAUUAGAAAGAGGAUUUAAGUAUCAAGAGUCUGACUGCACAAAAGCUGGAAAGCUAAGAAUGAACUUUCUGAUUUCAGGCAUGUCUUGUGCUACAUGUUUAGGUAUAAAACUGCAGAUCUACUGUUCUUGAUAUUACUAGUCAGUAAUGGAAACCCGUAAGUGUCAGACACUGGACUGAAUGAAGAACCUUUUGUUCAGAUUUUACAGCAUAGCAAGUUCCAUGCAGCCUAUUGAAAAGCAGAAACAUCUGCCAUGAAA